AUGCCACUUUUAAGACAUAAAUCUAGAAGUUACAUUCUAUAUUCACUUACCUGUUUAGUAAUUACCACUGCUGCAAUUACUUUCAUUUUAAGUCUUUAUCGAUUACAGCGUGAUGCAAGUUUAUUAAAUCGUGAACGAAAACGUGACUAUGUAACAAAUAAAAUCAAUAAAUCAUUUCCCACAAUAGCUAUUAUAAUGAGUAUAAUUAUAUGUCUUUCAUCGAUACUUGCUUUUAUUGCUAUUCUCACCGGUGGACGCAUGGAAAUGUUGAUCACUUCUAUUGUUUCUAACAUUAUUUUAGGUAUUGGUCUAAUUGUUCUCAGUGUUAUUAUGCUUGGAUUCGUUCAAAAUAUAAUUGAUAACUUUCCUAUUGAUAUUGAACGAUUACUUGUUGAUUUUAUUAUUCAUAAUAAAACAUCAGCACGCGAUGAAUUACUUAAAGUAGAAAAUAGUAACGAUUGUUGUACAACACAAGAUUUAACAUGGACUACAGUAUAUUCUCAGGCAGCUGAAUGUAAUCGUAAAGAAAAAUAUCGAAUGAUCUAUGCUGAUCUAGAUGAACAACGUGGUUGUGUAAAAAUUAUAAUUCGGGCAGCAUUAUCUUUUAUGCCUGUACUUAUAUCAGAGCUAACUUGUGGUUGUCUUUGUCUUUUACUGGGUCUAUGGACAAUCUAUAUUACAUGUCAUUUGAAUGAUCGUUAUAAGAAUUCUAAAUCAUAUAAUGAUUCUGUCAAAGUGACACAGAAAACAGCACCUCUAACAAAAUAUUCAUAUUAUCAAAAAGACAACUCAACAAACAACAUGAAUCCGGAAAUAAAAAUUAAUCACAAUCAACCCGAUAGAGUAAUCGAUAAUGAUACGAUGCCACAUCACUCCAGUUCUUUGUUACUUUUUAAUAAAGUUGAUAAACCUCUAUACGGGAAUAUUGUUAAUUCAUGA